UGUAUAGCAGAAGAAAGGGAAGACUUUUUGCUGUUGUUUCCUACCCUGGGGUCUCCACCCUCCUGCUACCUUCUCUGCGUUUUGAUGAUCAUUUUUGCCGAGUGUGGUGAGGGUGUCUUCGCUGGGGCCACUCUUAUUUUUUGCCCUGGGCUCAAGGGCUGGAUUGUGGAAACUGCACCCGGCUGCAGGUUGUUGAACAACUGAUGGGACAAUCUCAGGGACCGGCGGUUACGAAAGAAAUGUUUAAUUCAAUAAAUCAGAAGAGAAAACCAUGGAUUUUUAGCAAUUGAGGAGCAAAUUAAGAUAAAGAUUUAUUUGUGAAACAAACAGUGGACUAUAUGCAAAUGUGACUGUUUUUGGUGAGAAGUAUGAUCAUAAUUAUAGUGUGCUGCAGUGUGAAGAGCUUGAUUUACAACACUCGGUUUCAGAUUUGGAAUAUUGGUGUUUGUUUUUGAAGAAUUUUUCUUUCUCAUUUUGAGAUUUUUUGUUUUUAAUCAUUGAUCCUGGAGUACAGAAGAGAAUCCAGAAAUACACUUAUUUUGAGGAACUCACACCCAAGUACUCACUCAGCCAUGCAGCCAUCACAGCUUCUGAUCUUCACGAUGCUCUUAGCCCCAGUAGUUCAUGGUGGCAAGCACAAUGAGAGACAUCCGGCCCUUGCUGCUUCCUUGCGACACGCCGAGCGCAGCCCAGGAGGCGCUCUACCUCCCAGACAUCUCCUUCAGCAGCCAGCUGCAGAGCGCGCCACUGCCCAUCGCGGACCAGGGCCCCGUGGAGCUGCCAGAGGAGUUCGUGGUCCAGCGGCCUCAGGAGCACAGAUUGCAGCGCAAGCGUUCAGCCGCGCCCCCAUCCCGAUGGCCGUGGUCCGCAGAGAGCUGUCCUGUGAGAGCUACCCCAUAGAGCUGCGCUGUCCAGGGACCGACGUCAUCAUGAUCGAAAGUGCCAACUACGGCAGGACUGACGACAAAAUCUGUGAUUCUGACCCUGCUCAGAUGGAGAACAUCCGAUGUUAUCUGCCAGAUGCCUACAAGAUUAUGUCUCAAAGAUGCAAUAACAGAACCCAGUGUGCAGUGGUGGCAGGUCCUGAUGUUUUUCCAGACCCGUGUCCAGGAACCUACAAAUACCUUGAAGUGCAGUAUGAAUGUGUCCCUUACAAAGUGGAACAAAAAGUUUUUCUUUGUCCUGGACUACUAAAAGGAGUGUAUCAGAGUGAACAUUUGUUUGAAUCUGACCACCAAUCUGGGGCAUGGUGUAAAGACCCUCUGCAGGCUUCAGACAAGAUUUAUUAUAUGCCCUGGACCCCCUACAGAACUGACACGCUGACUGAGUAUUCAUCCAAAGAUGACUUCAUUGCUGGAAGGCCGACUACUACCUACAAGCUCCCUCACAGGGUGGAUGGUACUGGAUUUGUAGUGUAUGAUGGAGCUUUGUUCUUCAACAAAGAACGGACCAGGAACAUAGUAAAGUUUGAUUUGCGGACUAGGAUAAAGAGUGGAGAGGCUAUCAUAGCAAAUGCCAACUACCAUGAUACCUCCCCUUACCGGUGGGGAGGCAAAUCUGACAUUGACCUGGCAGUGGAUGAAAAUGGGCUAUGGGUAAUCUAUGCAACGGAACAAAACAAUGGUAAAAUUGUCAUUAGUCAAUUGAACCCUUACACCCUCCGGAUUGAAGGGACGUGGGAUACUGCAUAUGAUAAAAGGUCAGCUUCCAAUGCAUUUAUGAUCUGUGGGAUUCUGUAUGUGGUCAAAUCUGUAUAUGAGGAUGAUGACAAUGAGGCCACUGGGAACAAGAUUGACUAUAUUUACAACACCGACCAAAGCAAGGAUAGCUUGGUGGAUGUUCCCUUUCCCAAUUCUUAUCAAUACAUAGCAGCUGUGGAUUACAACCCCAGAGACAACCUACUUUAUGUAUGGAAUAACUAUCAUGUUGUGAAAUAUUCUUUGGAUUUUGGACCUCUGGACAGUAGAUCAGGGCAGGCACAUCAUGGGCAGGUUUCCUACAUCUCUCCACCAAUUCACCUUGAUUCUGAGCUAGAAAGACCCCCUGUUAGAGGAAUCUCUACCACAGGCCCUCUCGGCAUGGGAAGCACAACCACCAGUACUACUCUUCGGACCACAACUUGGAGCGCCGGACGGAGCACCACCCCCUCAGUGCCAGGAAGAAGAAACCGGAGUACAAGUACACCUUCUCCAGCUGCGGAGGUGCUUGACGACUUCACCACACACCUGCCGUCCGCAUCCUCCCAAAUCCCAGCUAUGGAAGAGAGUUGUGAGGCUGUGGAAGCCCGAGAGAUCAUGUGGUUUAAGACCCGUCAAGGACAAACAGCAAAGCAGCCAUGCCCAGCAGGAACUAUAGGUGUGUCCACUUACCUAUGCCUUGCUCCUGAUGGAAUCUGGGAUCCCCAAGGACCAGAUCUCAGCAACUGUUCUUCUCCCUGGGUCAAUCACAUAACACAGAAGUUGAAAUCUGGAGAAACAGCUGCCAACAUUGCUAGAGAGCUGGCUGAACAGACCAGAAAUCAUUUGAAUGCUGGGGACAUCACCUAUUCCGUCCGUGCCAUGGACCAGCUGGUUGGCCUCUUGGAUGUACAACUGAGGAACUUGACACCCGGUGGAAAAGAUAGUGCUGCACGGAGUUUAAACAAGCUUCAGAAAAGAGAGCGCUCUUGCAGAGCCUAUGUCCAGGCAAUGGUGGAGACAGUUAACAACCUCCUUCAGCCACAAGCUUUGAAUGCUUGGAAAGACCUGACUACAAGUGAUCAACUUCGUGCAGCCACCAUGUUGCUCGACACCGUGGAAGAGAGUGCUUUUGUGCUGGCCGAUAACCUUUUGAAGACUGACAUUGUCAGGGAGAACACAGACAAUAUUCAACUAGAAGUUGCAAGGCUCAGCACAGAAGGAAACUUAGAAGACCUGAAAUUUCCAGAAAAUAUGGGCCAUGGAAGCACUAUCCAGCUUUCUGCAAAUACUUUGAAGCAAAAUGGCAGAAAUGGAGAAAUAAGAGUAGCCUUUGUCUUAUAUAACAACCUGGGUCCUUAUUUGUCCACGGAGAACGCCAGUAUGAAGUUGGGAACAGAAGCAAUGUCCACAAAUCAUUCUGUUAUCGUCAAUUCCCCUGUUAUUACGGCAGCAAUAAACAAAGAGUUCAGUAAUAAGGUUUAUUUGGCUGAUCCUGUGGUGUUUACUGUUAAACAUAUCAAGCAGUCCGAGGAAAAUUUCAACCCUAACUGUUCAUUUUGGAGCUAUUCCAAGCGCACAAUGACAGGUUAUUGGUCAACACAAGGCUGUCGGCUCCUGACAACAAAUAAGACACAUACUACCUGCUCUUGUAACCACCUAACCAAUUUUGCAGUACUGAUGGCACAUGUAGAAGUUAAGCAUGGUGAUGCGGUCCAUGACCUCCUUCUGGAUGUGAUCACAUGGGUUGGAAUUUUGCUGUCCCUUGUUUGUCUCCUGAUUUGCAUCUUCACAUUUUGCUUUUUCCGCGGGCUCCAGAGUGACCGUAACACCAUCCAUAAAAACCUCUGCAUCAGCCUCUUUGUAGCAGAGCUGCUGUUCCUGAUUGGAAUCAAUCGGACUGACCAACCAAUUGCCUGUGCUGUUUUUGCUGCUCUCUUACAUUUCUUCUUCUUGGCUGCCUUCACGUGGAUGUUUCUGGAGGGAGUCCAGCUCUAUAUCAUGCUGGUGGAGGUUUUUGAGAGUGAACAUUCACGUAGGAAGUACUUUUAUCUGGUCGGCUAUGGGAUGCCUGCACUCAUUGUGGCUGUGUCAGCUGCAGUGGACUACAGGAGUUACGGAACAGAUAAAGUAUGUUGGCUCCGACUUGACACCUACUUCAUUUGGAGUUUUAUAGGGCCAGCGACCUUGAUAAUUAUGCUUAAUGUUAUCUUCCUUGGGAUUGCUUUAUAUAAAAUGUUUCAUCAUACUGCCAUACUGAAACCUGAAUCGGGCUGUCUUGAUAAUAUCAAGUAA